AUGGAAAUUGAUUUGGCUUAUGAUAGUGGUAUAAAAUUGAAGGAUUCAUAUGAGUUCAUGGCUAGGCAAGUUGGUGGUAGAGAUGCUCUUGGUUACACUAAGCAAGAUCAAAAGAAUUACCAUUAUAGUAAAUGGCAAAAAGAACAGAAAUGUGUUUCUUUUGAUACAACGUAUAGAACUAAUAAGGAGUAUCGACCCCUUGCAAUGUUUGUUGGGUUUAAUCAUCAUAGAGAGUCUACGACAUUUGGGGCUUUCCUUUUAUAUGAUGAAACUAUUGAUACAUUUCAGUGGUUGUUUGAAGCAUUCUUUGAAGCAAUGUCUGGGAAGAAACCAAAUACAAUUUUUACCAAUCAAGAUCCGGCAAUGGCAAAAGCCAUCUCAUUGGUGAUGUCAAAUACUUAUCAUCGAUUAUGUAAAUGGCAUUUAAUGCAAAAUGCUCUCAAGCGUGUCAACCAUUUAUUACAAUGUGAGGAUGAAUUUAGAAGUGAUCUCGAUGCAUGUUUUAAAAUUUGGGAAGAGAAGGAAGAGUUUCUUGGUGCUUGGGAUGCUAUACUUCAUAAGUACAAUGCUUUUGAUAAUUCUUGGCUUCAAAGUACACUUGAAGUGAAAGAGAAAUGGGCUAAAGCAUAUGUCAAGAUGUCAUUUUCUGCAGGAAUGACUACAACUCAAUUGAGUGAGAGUAUAAACUCUGAUUUGAAGGAUUAUUUACAGUUAGACUAUGAUAUCGUAAAAUUCUUCAUACAUUUUGAGAGACUACUUAAUGCUAAACGUUACAAGGAGUUGAAGGGUGAGUACAAUUUAAGGCAAAAGUUGCCAAAAGUUAAGAUUGCAUCACCUAUGCUGAUUCAAGCAGCACAUAUUUAUACACCUAAAUUAUUUUUGAAGUUUCAAGAGCUAUAUGAAGAGUUCCAAGGAGCUUUUGUGAAGGAGCGUGUUGAAAGAAAUGCAACUCAUGAGUAUAUAGUUCAAUAUAUGGUAAGCCAAAAGAUCAUCAAGUAA